GCGUUCGGGAUCGUCGAUACGCGCCCCCGUUAUCGCAACAUAUCAUGGAGCCAGUGCUACGCCUUUUGAUAGAAAUUUUAAUGCUGUUCAGCUGGUGCAUGAAAGUAUCCGUCGAACACACUCUCGAAAAAUGCAUACUUCCACUCGGCAUGGAAGAAGGAAAAAUUCCGGAUGAAGCGAUCACGGCGUCAUCCAGUUACGAGAUGAAAUCCGUAGGACCCCAAAACGCGAGAAUUCAUAUAUGUAUGAUUCGGCAGGAGAAGAACGGCGGUGCUUGGUGUCCGAAGGCUCAAAUCAGUAGCGCUAUACGCGAAUAUCUGGAGAUUGAUUUGACGAGAGAUCAUCUGAUCACGUGGACCGAAACCCAGGGCCGAUUUGGUAACGGCCAGGGUCAGGAAUAUGCCGAGGCAUUUUUUCUGGAAUACUGGCGCCGCGAAAAGUGGCAUCAGUAUAAAGAUUUGAAAGGGAACAAGAUUUUGCGCGGUAACAGUAACACAUAUCUGGUCGAAAAACAGAAGUUAGAUUUACCCUUUAUCGCGAGUCGGGUGAGAUUCAUUCCCUACAGUCAGCACCCGCGCACCGUGUGUAUGCGCGUCGAGAUUUACGGUUGUGCGUGGAAUCAAGGCGUCGUUAGUUAUACCGCGCCCAAAGCCGAUAAGAUCGGACCGAACGGAUGUAACGUCGAGGACACGUCGUACGACGGCACGGAAAUCGAGAAUUUAACAUUGAACGGACUCGGUCAAUUAACCGACAGCAUACUCGGCAACGAAACCGAGAUCCGUGAAUCCAACAAAGUGACCAACUGGGUAGGUUGGCACAAUCGGAAUAACGUAGAAUUGAUCUUUGAGUUUCAAACUUCUCGGAGAUUCAAGAACUGCACGAUACACGGGAUUACAUUGACCGAUCUGAAUAUCGAGACGUUCUCGGUGGCAUAUUUCUCGUUUUGGUCGGAUGACAAAGAUACAGUAGCAUACACGCCACCGGAAGUAUUCGCUGAUUCCAAAAUCAAUAGCAGCAACGAGAGGGAUAACGAAAACAAAAAUAGCGCUUCGAUGUCUAUUCCGUUGCCUCUUAUAAUGGGCAAAUUUGUCAAGAUAACAUUGAUACCUAAAUCAAAAUGGUUGCUACUAAGUGAAAUUACAUUCGAAACAGAUGUGACAAACAUUUUUGACGAGGCGUUCGAGCGAUUGUCGUGGACGUAUUCGAACAAUAACGAGACCACGUCGAAAACAAUCGAUCAGGAUCAAGUUGUCAAAUUAAAACAAGCGGAAAACGAAGAUGACGCGAACGAAAACAAUGCGAAAGCUCGGGCUAAAACCGAUAACGAGAAGAAAAUUAACAUUCAACGUGAACGCGCAAAGUCUAACUCUAACGAGACAACGAUGGUGUUGAACGAGUCAAAUGUAACACCGAACGCUUUCCCGGUAAACAAUUCGCCGGUGUACAUCGGGCUGAUCAGCGCGGCGCUGACUAUAAUCAUCUUUUUUUCGAGUUGCACGAUUUUUCUGAUGAAACAGAGAGGUCGCAACAAAGUCGCGUUGUUGCAAAAACACACCGCGUUGCUGUGCAGUUCGCCAGCGCCAGGCAUUACGAUCAAUACGAAAGACAUUAAAUUACCCACGUCGAUUGUGGUAAAUAAUCUGUCGCAAUCAAGACUGUCGCUGAAAAGCAAACUGGCCUCGAGCGACGAUUAUAAUUUCGGCAACGUCGACGCAAACGAGAAACACAGCAUCUAUGAAAAGAUUAACAAACUGCCCUCGGAACAACACGCCAAAUGCGAAGCGAAGUCUAGUUAUAAACCGGAACAUUUUGAUUCUAAAACUGGCGAGAACGAAGCGCGAAUGGAAUGCAGAAUACCGACGAUAUCGAGAAAAUGGAAUUACAAUUCAGAAAAAUCCAAUCAAAGAAUUUACGAAGGUUAUUACGCGGCCACGGACAUUUUAACGAUAAAAAGACGUGAUCAGCAUCCGGCCGUGAGCCUCUUCACGCCGCUGCUCAUUCGAGAUUCGAUUGUGUCGUGCAAGCGCGGAUCUUACGACGUUCCGCGUAUCUCUCGGCACAGAUUGAGAAUCCUCGAUAAGCUCGGCGAGGGAAAUUUUGGUCUGGUACAUUUGUGCGAAGCAAAAGGCAUACAAAAUCCAGAUCUAGGUAUUCUUCAGAAUCGUCAAGUGGUGAUAGUCCGAUCUUUGUGGCGCGGCGUUGUCGACUCUUUGAGGGAAGACUUCAUGAACGACAUGCACAUUCUGGCUGAGAUUCGUGACAUCAACAUCGCCAGGAUAAUCGCGAUCGUUGAGGAAGAACCUUUCAGUGCCAUUUUCGAGUACGGAGAAUUCGGGAAUUUGUCCAGUUUUCUGAAAAGCCGCGAUCGCGACGCGCCGAUAAGUUACGAGUGCUCGUUGAAUUUCAUCACGCAAAUAGCUUCGGGCAUGAAGUAUCUCGAAAGUUUGAACGUGCCACAUUGCGAUCUGGCGGCCAGGAAUUGCAUCGUCUGCAAAGAUUUGCUGAUCAAAGUGUCCGACCAGGCGAUAUACUGUAACAAAUACGACGGCGAAUAUUACAUCGACGAGAGUUACGCGAAAAUACCAUUACGUUGGAUGGCGUGGGAAGCGGUUUUGUCGGGAAAACGAAGUUGCCAAUCCGACGUUUGGUCGUACGGCGUGACAAUUUGGGAAGUGCUGACGCGAUGCGAGGACGUGCCCUACGCCGAUCUGACCUCGGAACAGGUGUUGGAGAAUUGCGGUUUGUGGUAUCAGUUGUUGGACAGCGCCGGCAAGAAGAAAUGCCCACGAAUUCUGGAACAGCCAGUGUUCUGCUCGGACGAUCUGUAUCGGCUGAUGACGCGGUGUUGGUGCAAACACGCGGAAGAUCGACCGAGUUUCCAGGAGAUUUAUUGCUACCUCAAGAAGCUGACUCUGGAUUAAAAUGUUCGAAAUAUAAUGCGAACACGUUCCUGCGAGAAAGAAAGGAG